CAUUUAGUGAAUUAGUUCGAAUUUAGCAAGCAAAAUGAAAAGUUGUUGGGUUGGUUGCGUGUUCGUUUGAUUAUAUAGCCGGCGCUGUUCAGUAAAGUGCGUUUACCGAAGUGAUUUUUUAUUAUUUUAUUUUUAAGCUUCGUUUAAUUUCUCUACAAAUUUCAUUUACUCGCUUAAUUGUUUCAAUACUUUUUAAAAAUUACAUUUCUUUGUAAUAUAAUUUGCCAUACACGAAAAAGAAACACGUGUUACUAUUUUUAUCCGAACACAAUAGGAAGAGAGCAGACGGUAAAAAAAACUUGAAUAAAUAAUUCGCUACCAAAUGUAGAUAAAAACUUUUGAAACGCGAACAACAACGACAACCACAUUAAAUGUAAAUAAGCUAAACAGACAUGUGGUUUCCAUAGCAUAGCGAAGAAUUUACCUAUCGCAUAGCACAUGAAUUUGUGAUAAAUAAUGAAGAAAAGGCCAAACGCAGACACUCAAUAAACGACAUUGCAAUACAUACCUAACUACCUACCAAAAAUGAAAAUAUUUCACUUGGACAUUUUCCAACUUAAAAGAUAAACAAAAACAAAACAUUCAUAAAAGCACGUUGUAAUAAAAAAUAAGCAUAAGCAGAAAGUGACUAUUCUUCAACUCAACGGUGAGGAGAGCCGAACAUCAGCGACACGCAUUCGUGAAAUCAAGGUGAAAAGAGAAGAAGAAUUGUUACCCGCUCGCCGAUACCGGCUCAUUAUACGCUGGCAUUUCUUCAACAUACUCACAUACACACUCAUACAAGAAUUCAUUCAACAUAUUUUUGGGCCCCAUGAAAAAAGCUGAUGCAAUAUACUGCCACAUUUGCGAGUUUUUUUUUGGAAACAUUGAAAAAUCAAGGGAAACAAGCGUAAAAGGGAAAAGCAGCAACUAGCAGCGUUAACGUUAGUAGUUAACAGAGAACAAGAAGCACGCACGCACGCGCACUUUUUUUAAAUUCCAAUUAGAAUUUAGUUAUGGCCCGUGUUCAAGCUGGUGACAAUUUAGUACCACGCCAAGUAUUCGAAAUGCCCGGUGAAAACAGUAAAGAAAUGCAAAGCUGCGACAGUUCCAGUCAAGGUUCUGGCGUUAAGCUGAAGAAGCGAAUUGGCCUCUUGGAUGGUGUUGCCAUUAUUGUUGGUGUCAUUGUCGGUGCGGGUAUUUUUGUGAGUCCUAAAGGUGUCCUCUUGUAUUCUGGGUCCAUUGGUCAAUCGCUUAUAGUAUGGGUACUUUGUGGUGUACUGAGUAUGGUUGGCGCCUUGUGUUAUGCUGAAUUAGGUACUAUGAUCCCAAAAUCAGGUGGUGAUUAUGCUUAUAUUGGCACAGCCUUUGGUCCAUUGCCAGCCUUUCUGUAUUUAUGGGUAGCUCUUCUAAUUUUGGUACCAACUGGUAAUGCCAUAACAGCCCUGACAUUUGCCCAGUAUUUAUUGCAACCAUUUUGGCCAUCUUGUGAUGCCCCAGCGGUACCAGUCCAGCUGCUGGCAGCUGUUAUAACAUGUAUUUUAACGGUCAUCAAUUGUUACAACGUCAAAUGGGUGACACGUGUCACGGAUAUUUUCACCGGCACCAAAGUCUUUGCAUUGCUGGUCAUCGUGGCGGCUGGUGCCUGGUAUAUAUUCUCUGGCAACACCGAACAUUGGGAUGAACCAAUGAGCGGAACAUUUUCAACGCCCGGCUUCAUAGCAUUGGCGUUUUACAAUGGUCUAUUUUCAUAUUCUGGUUGGAAUUAUCUGAACUUUGUAACUGAAGAAUUAAAAGAUCCAUAUCGAAAUUUGCCCAAGGCAAUUUGCAUUUCUAUGCCCGUGGUUACGAUAAUCUAUGUUAUUACGAAUGUGGCCUAUUUUUCGGUUUUAUCAACUGAUGAAAUUCUGGCGUCGGAUGCUGUCGCUGUUACAUUUGGUGAUAAAAUGCUGGGAUUUAUGUCAUGGUUAAUGCCUUUCUUUGUGGCCUGUUCCACAUUUGGUUCAUUGAAUGGAGCAAUAUUUGCUUCGUCUCGUCUGUUCUUUGUUGGAGCCCGAAAUGGACAUUUGCCAGCUGCUAUAUCACUCAUAAAUGUUAAUUGUCUAACCCCAGUACCAUCGUUGAUAUUUUUGUGUGUCUUAACGUUAAUUUUACUGUUCAUCAAGGAUGUUUAUGCUCUCAUCAAUUAUGUCAGUUAUGUGGAAGCCUUGUUUACAUUACUCUCCGUUUCCGGUUUAUUGUGGCUGCGUUAUAAACAACCUAAAACCGAACGACCAAUUCGUGUCAACCUGGCCUUACCCAUUAUCUUCUUGAUCAUUUGUCUCUUCCUAGUGAUCUCGUCGGUCUUCCAGUCACCCAUAGAAGUUGGUGUUGGCACAGCUAUUAUUAUAUCUGGCAUUCCAGUUUAUUAUAUGACAAUACAUCGUCCCGUCGAAUGGCUGACGAACACGUCGCAGACCAUUAAUAUGUGGUGUUCAAAAUUCUUUAUUUGUAUGCCAAACCAAGAGAAAUUCGAUUAAGAAUUUAUAUAUUAGGGAUUAAAAUAUCAAUUAUUAUUAUAAGUAAUGAAAUUAAAAAAGACUAAUCGAGAAAUAUUUAUUAUGUAAAAUAUAGAAAGCUGAAAUUAAAUGCUAAUCACUCAUCUACAACUGAAAAUUGUGCCUUUUGCCUCGCAGAACUCUAACAAAUUGGCAUUAAAAUCUAAAGUUAAUUUCAAAUAACAUUUUCUAAAUUUUAUAAUAAAUUCAAUUUAUUUCCCGAUUUCGUUUAAUACUUUAUUUCAACCUUACGGUUCUAUAUCACUCCAAAAUAAGCAACAAAAGGCAUUUAUCAAUUAUGUUAUGUAUGUACUAUAGCUUGAAUAUUCACAUAUUUUGUACCUCAACUUUUAAUGUACACUUUGUUCUAAUUAGAUUUAAGAUACUUCCUCUCUUGAUUAAGACAUAGAUGCUAUACUUAUUUAUGUUAAAUAAUAAUUUUAUAUACAAUACAUAGGUCAGUCAAUUAUUGUAAAGCUCGAAAUAUGUUGAAAAUUAAAUUCAAUAAAUCAUAUUCAUACAUACGUACAGUGUA